UUCUGAGACUGCUUCUAAUUACGAUUUCCUAGCGUUGUGAACUGUGAUGUGAAUUGGAUAAAGAGACAGCAAUACUUGUUCCUACUGAAGUGCAUAGUUGUUCCCGGAUUAUCGCUUAGUAUACAGGUUUGCUCGUGACACAAUCGUCCUAGCUCUUGCCGAUCCUCACAGGACUUACGACCGGAAGUUGUAGUUAGCUCGUUCCUGAGGGAUUCCUGAUCUUCUGUGUUCCUGAAUCGUUCGUCUUAUUUCCACCAUAGUUCUUCUGUUACAGUUUGAGAGUACGAGUGCCUACUGACUGAGCAUUACAGGCGUGGAAGAGUAAAGAUUGUUCAUGGAGCCUUAAACGGCGUGAACGCUUAUACACGACACCAGUAAUGAUUUUCAAAGACUGUAAUUUAAUUUUACCAAAAUAUUUCAGGAGCAGUACUCGUAUAUUUUGAUUAUGGAUUUCCACUGCAGCUGACCAAGUCAAAGCCAAGCAAAAACGUCCAUGUAUAUAGCGAACUUUCUCUUGCAAAUCUGAAUAAAUUCCGGUUAACGGGGAGGUGUAGAGUGUCGACCGGAUCCCGUGAUGGAGCGCAAUUAUGACUCAUGCGUGUUUCCGGUAGAACAAAUGCCGCAUCGCUGCUUGGACGGGCCGUAUAUAUGUACCUUGCAUUGGUUUCUAGCGACCGCAUAGUCCUCGAGACGCGGUAUUGUUGUUGGCGGCCGUGGUCCGUGACGGAUGGUCAGCAGUCAGCACCGGAAAGUGACCAGCGUUGCGAUUAAAAUCCCCGUGUUGAUAUUGGAGGCAAUCGCAUUGAAAGGAAACCGUAACCGGCAUCAUAAGAAUUGGUUGUCACAUAUAUUAUUGCAUCAGGAUUAAACCGCGCUGAUGGAUCUGUGUCAGUAUGGUCAUAUAUCACACAUUGCAUCCAUCGCCGACUCCGUCUGAUGCAGCGCAUACCGGCUAUAAUCGGAUAAUCUGUGGAUCAUACAUAUUCAUUCCAUCAGGAUCAUAAUUGUAAUUGGCACCGGCAUUCAAACGGAGAACCGGUUGACGACCAGCGUGAUUCAGCAUGAUGGAUGUACUGUUUCCAUAAUACCAGCGUCCGUCCACACCGCUAUGGAACAGCACAACCGCCGGUCACGGGAGGGUGUGAGAAAAAUGCGGGUUAGUGUUGCUCUUACAUGGAUCUGGCUGAUCUUUCACGCCGCUACAUGUGCCAGUGGGACACCGUUAACAAUGACCGUCGCGAUCCAUAACUCCACAACGCCGUCUCCAGCCGACACACCGGUCAACACCACAUCGUUCGACGACUUUUUAUACGACUGUGGUGAGGAGUGCUGGCGCAAACAUUCCCUUUUCAACAAAACCAUCUUCCAGCCAAAUUUUCCCAAACUUAAAACAACCGCACCCAACACCACCGUUGUACCCGAUCUCAAUACCACAGCGCCGCAUUCAAGCACGAACGUAAUGCAACGGGAAGGAAAACUGGAGCACGACGAUCCCUACGCAUCCCGGGAGAAAUAUUCCGUUCCCAGUUACCAAGGGAGUAUGUCCCUGCCCUGGCCGACACCUCCGGCGUUUUAUCGCGGGAGCAAUGAUCUCCAGUACCGGACACCGUUGACCAAGGCGUCCGUAACCUUUACACCGACAAUCCCGAAAUCUUCCACGACGGUGACAACACGUUUACCGACUACCUUCUCUGCUAAACCCAUAAAAAAUGUGACGUCGGAAAGUCGAACUACACCGUCGAAUAAUUUCACCAACAAAGCCAAACUUUUACCGGUCACGCAGCGCCGGACGUCGACGCCGGAGCCGGAAUACUACCAUCACAUGGAGGAACAAGCGGAACUCCUCAACGCUAACCAUUCCGUGUAUUAUUUGCUGACCUUAAACGGGAGCUGUCACGAGAUCGAGGAGUCCCACGAGGCCGCGGAGGGUUUCGUGCAAGCCUUCUCCAAAGCGCUGCUGGAGCGUUUUGAGACGCUGACCGUGGAGGAUGUGCACGUGUGGUCCAUCGCCUGCGGCUCGGUGAUUGUCAACUUCUCCAUGCCCACCUGGGAGCAUGCCAAUCAUUUUGGAUAUCUGCAUCAGAGGAUUGUGGAAGGGGGCAACUUCUCGGUUUACUUCACGGAAAAAGUGUACCGGGCGGUCGCGUUGACCCGUACGCGGGAUGAUAUGGCGGACGAACAGACACUCGCCCACCUGCAGAUUGCGCCGAGUUCCGGUCGGUUCUAUCCGGGAGUGAUUUACGUGGUGGUUGGCGCACUUGUUGGUCUUGCCCUAUUGGUCAUCGCCACAAUCUUCAUCGUCCGCCUGCACCGUCGCCGCGGCCGGGAGUUCUCCAUCUCCCUGACCAGUGACCAGCCCAACCCGCCGAAACUCUCCAGCGUCAACGCCCAGGACUAUACCCUCACCCGACUACCCCGCACCACCAAGCUCUUCAUGAGCGACAUGGAGCGCAAUCCCUGGGCCUACACCAACCCCGACUUUCAGGCGUCCCUGCCCAGCCUGCACGCCCCGGGGCGGAAGACGGAGUACCUCAAUUUCGUCAACCACGGGGUCAUCCCCUCGCGUCAGCGUCUGUCUAGUCCGGAUUCCUCGUCCUCCCUGACGAAGAAUCCCCUGCUACAAGUGACCCACUGGGGACAACGACAGGCCGAUGCGUCCAUGUCGACGGCCACGUCUACGGCCCCGGCGUCGUCCACGUCGCAGCGGGAACGCAGUGGCCAUAGUGAGCCGAAAAGCAGCUCCUCUUCGUAAACUAGUCUUUCAGUUGUGCGAUUGACGCAGUUGUAUAUAGUGUUUUACCUCAGUUUGUUGGAUAUGAACAGACUGAUUUUACCAAAGAUUUUUUAUGUAAGAUAAGGAAACACGGGAGCAGCGCGUAAAUAUGCGUUGUUUGCUGAACCAGUUCUGAUGACAAACUCCAGUUCCACAGAAUGGCAUUGUAAACUCUUGCGGAAUUUUGAUUGCUUAUUGAUUUUUGUUGUCGUUUAUGCGAUGAUUUACGGCGUAUGAUAUAAAGAUUGGC